CAUUACAUCACACUCCUACCCUGUCGGAAAUACCAACCACAAAAAUGAGACGGACGAAAGCUUUGAAAAUAGAGCGCACAUAAAUCAUCACCAAGCAUAUUUCAGAACAGUGAAGACUUCACUAGAAGCUUUAGGUAUUAGGAUGGUAUCGCAGUUUCCAUUGGACCCGAUGCAUCUGAUUGAUUUAGGCGUUGCACGCAAAAUGAUUCAAUAUAUUAUUGAAGGCAAAACUGUAACAAAGCUGUCGAAAGCAAAAAGAGAUGAGAUGUUUGGGCGGCAAUUGUCACUGGUUGGUUAUAUACCACCCGAAAUAGGAGUAUACCUUUGCGAUAACAGAGAAACAGAUGGUGAUCAUAUUUUCUCACUCAGUGAGAUAUUUUGCAAAUUUGUGUGCUUACCGUACCAGGACAAGUACGUUUUUAUUCCAAUUUUACAUCAGAUUAAGUAGUAGGUUCCAAUCCUUACUUAUAUCAUAAAUUAAAAAAUCACAAAAAUAAAAACAUUUUAUAAAUAAUAAAGUAAUAAUUUAACA